AUGAGAAAGCAAAGGCAAGGAGAAAGCAAAGGCAAGGAGAAAGCAAAGGCAAGGAGAAAGCAAAGGCAAGGAGAAAGCAAAGGCAAGGAGAAAGCAAAGGCAAGGAGAAAGCAAAGGCAAGGAGAAAGCAAAGGCAAGGAGAAAGCAAAGGCAAGGAGAAAGCAAAGGCAAGGAGAAAGCAAAGGCAAGGAGAAAGCAAAGGCAAGGAGAAAGCAAAGGCAAGGAGAAAGCAAAGGCAAGCAGAAAGCAAAGGCAAGCAGAAAGCAAAGGCAAGGAGAAAGCAAAGGCAAGGAGAAAGCAAAGGCAAGGAGAAAGCAAAGGCAAGGAGAAAGCAAAGGCAAGGAGAAAGCAAAGGCAAGGAGAAAGCAAAGGCAAGGAGAAAGCAAAGGCAAGGAGAAAGCAAAGGCAAGGAGAAAGCAAAGGCAAGGAGAAAGCAAAGGCAAGGAGAAAGCAAAGGCAAGGAGAAAGCAAAGGCAAGGAGAAAGCAAAGGCAAGGAGAAAGCAAAGGCAAGGAGAAAGCAAAGGCAAGGAGAAAGCAAAGGCAAGGAGAAAGCAAAGGCAAGGAGAAAGCAAAGGCAAGGAGAAAGCAAAGGCAAGGAGAAAGCAAAGGCAAGGAGAAAGCAAAGGCAAGGAGAAAGCAAAGGCAAGGAGAAAGCAAAGGCAAGGAGAAAGCAAAGGCAAGGAGAAAGCAAAGGCAAGGAGAAAGCAAAGGCAAGGAGAAAGCAAAGGCAAGGAGAAAGCAAAGGCAAGGAGAAAGCAAAGGCAAGGAGAAAGCAAAGGCAAGGAGAAAGCAAAGGCAAGGAGAAAGCAAAGGCAAGGAGAAAGCAAAGGCAAGGAGAAAGCAAAGGCAAGGAGAAAGCAAAGGCAAGGAGAAAGCAAAGGCAAGGAGAAAGCAAAGGCAAGGAGAAAGCAAAGGCAAGGAGAAAGCAAAGGCAAGGAGAAAGCAAAGGCAAGGAGAAAGCAAAGGCAAGGAGAAAGCAAAGGCAAGGAGAAAGCAAAGGCAAGGAGAAAGCAAAGGCAAGGAGAAAGCAAAGGCAAGGAGAAAGCAAAGGCAAGGAGAAAGCAAAGGCAAGGAGAAAGCAAAGGCAAGGAGAAAGCAAAGGCAAGGAGAAAGCAAAGGCAAGGAGAAAGCAAAGGCAAGGAGAAAGCAAAGGCAAGGAGAAAGCAAAGGCAAGGAGAAAGCAAAGGCAAGGAGAAAGCAAAGGCAAGGAGAAAGCAAAGGCAAGGAGAAAGCAAAGGCAAGGAGAAAGCAAAGGCAAGGAGAAAGCAAAGGCAAGGAGAAAGCAAAGGCAAGGAGAAAGCAAAGGCAAGGAGAAAGCAAAGGCAAGGAGAAAGCAAAGGCAAGGAGAAAGCAAAGGCAAGGAGAAAGCAAAGGCAAGGAGAAAGCAAAGGCAAGGAGAAAGCAAAGGCAAGGAGAAAGCAAAGGCAAGGAGAAAGCAAAGGCAAGGAGAAAGCAAAGGCAAGGAGAAAGCAAAGGCAAGGAGAAAGCAAAGGCAAGGAGAAAGCAAAGGCAAGGAGAAAGCAAAGGCAAGGAGAAAGCAAAGGCAAGGAGAAAGCAAAGGCAAGGAGAAAGCAAAGGCAAGGAGAAAGCAAAGGCAAGGAGAAAGCAAAGGCAAGGAGAAAGCAAAGGCAAGGAGAAAGCAAAGGCAAGGAGAAAGCAAAGGCAAGGAGAAAGCAAAGGCAAGGAGAAAGCAAAGGCAAGGAGAAAGCAAAGGCAAGGAGAAAGCAAAGGCAAGGAGAAAGCAAAGGCAAGGAGAAAGCAAAGGCAAGGAGAAGAAGGCAAGGAGAAAAAGGCAAGGAGAAGAAGGCAAGGAGAAAAAGGCAAGGAGAAAAAGGCAAUGA